AUGGACACUGUCAGGUACAGCAAGUGGGUCGGCGGGCUUGAGGAAGUCCCUGGAGGGCACUGGGGACGCUGGGGAUGGAGACUCCUCUUCAUGGGCCUGGUUCUGGUGGUAGCCACGGUCCUCUGGGCCCUCAUUCUGAGCAUCCUAAUUUCUAAAGCCUCCACAGAGCGAGGGGCGCUGCUUGGCCACCAGGACCUGCUGCGGACAAACGCCUCGGAGCAGACGGCGGCGCUGGGUGCUUUGAACCAGGAAGUCCGAGCCUGCAACAGCUGCUGCUUGGGGACACAGGCGCUGCUGCAGAGGGCACGCACCGAGCUUGGGGAGGCGCAGGCGAAGCUGAUCCAGCAAGAGAGUGCCCUGAAAGAACUGAGCGAUCGCGUGACCCAGAGCUUGGCUGAAGCGGGCAGGGACCGCGAGGACAUCCGCAGUGAGCUGUUCAGGGCUCUAGAGGCCGUCCGGCUGGGGAACAGGUCCUGUGAGGAGUGCCCCGCAUCAUGGCUGCCCUUCCAGGGCUCCUGCUACCUUUUCUCGGUCCAGCAGGCCACGUGGGAGGAGUCGCAGCGCAACUGCGCAGGCGCAGGAGCACACUUGGUGAUUGUCGGGGACCUGGAUGAGCAGGGCUUCCUGAGUCAGAACACGCGAGGCCGAGGUUACUGGCUGGGCCUGAGGGCGGUGCGCCGCGCGCGCAAGAUCCAGGGCUACCAGUGGAUAGACGGAGUCUCGCUCAGCUUCAGCCACUGGAACGUGGGGGAGCCCAAUGACUCUAUGGGGCGUGAGGACUGCGCUAUGAUGCUACGCACGGGGAUGUGGAACGACGCACCGUGCAACAACGAGAGGGACAACUGGAUCUGUGAGAAGAGGCGCAGCUGCUGACCCCGCCCAGUGCCCGCAAGCCGCACCCCGAGCGCGAUCGCCUGAGCUGUUCACCGUCCUGGCGCCGCCCACCGCCAUUGAUUUUUUCCCCCCCCUCCACCCAUGACUACUGAGAACCGUCCCACCCAACCCAGGCAGGUACGGGCACUGGGACCUCCACUCCAACCUCACCAGGAGCCCUCACACAGACAUAACCAGGCCUCCACCCCCACCCAAAUCCCGGCUCAGCCGGUCCACGGCCCCACCUCCCUCCUCCCUAACCAAAGCAAGGCAACUCAGGGAUGGAGCUGUUUGGUUUUCUUGCAUUUUUCCCCGGACUGGGAGACAUCACAUAUAGGGGUUUGGGGAGCUGUCUUCGCAGCCCUAGGAAGCAUCAAUAAAUGCUUGAGAAAUGAAUCUGGGUCCGUGGCUUUGGU